AUGUCUGCUUCAUUAGAUAAAUCAUUGGAUGAUAUCAUUUCAUCCAACAGAACACCAAAAAAGUUUGCCAAAAAACCUUUUGUUAAAAAGGGUGGUGCUACUAAAGUUGGUAAAAAAGUUGGUUCUUCCAAUAAAAAACCAAUUGUUUUCAAAAAGCCGGUUGUUGCUGCUAAACCAAAAGUCAGUCAACCUGCGGUUGACUUAAGUUAUGCUACUAAAGUUGUUGCUCAAGGUUUACCAAGAGAUAUCAAACAAGAUGGUAUUAGGGAUUUUUUCCAAUCGCAAGUUGGUCCAGUUCAAACCAUUUCAUUAAGCUAUAAUGAAAAGGGACAAUUCAAAGGUAUUGCCACCAUUAUCUUUAAAAACCAUAAAUCCGCAGCUUUGGCUGUUGAAAAAUAUAACAACGCUCCAAUCGAUGGUGGUUCAAGUAAAUUAAAAUUAGAAUUAAUCAUUGAUCCUUCUAAAAAACCUUUGGCUUCCAGAAUUACUGCUAACAACCCUCAACCUCAAGUUGCUAAAAAUGAAUUAGCUAAAGGCUUAAAGUUGAAGCAAAAAUUACAACAAAAGAAAAAAUUACAACAACAAGUCAAACCAAAGGCCAAUAAAAAGAAACCAGUUAAAAGAUCUAAAAAAUCCAUCGAAGAAUUAGAUCAAGAAAUGGCUGACUACUUUGAUAAUUAA